AUGGCAGAAGUCAUGCAGAUGUUUCUAUUUCUAUAUAAAUCAAAAUACCGCAGGAAAAACCCCUGGAGAAAUGAUAACAGGAGCAAACUGGUGUCUGGUAUACCGUGUAUGUUUUUAUGGAUAGUUUUAUUGUGGGUCGCGGUGCUAUGGAGCACAGCGACAGCAUCAUCGUCUUCUUCUUCGUCCUCAUCCUCAUCAGAAUCAACAUGCGAUUCCAACAAUUGUGUCAACGGUAAUUGUGUCAAUGGUAGUUGUGUCUGUCAUGAUGGCUGGCAAGGUUCUGCUUGUCAGUACUGCAGUGGAAAAAUCAGACUGACAGCAGCGUCGGGGAGCAUCCACGAUGGAGCUGGGAAUUACUCGACAGAUGUUAAGUGCUCGUGGCUGAUCGAGAGCAGCCAGAAUUCCUCAAUUCGGAUGCAUAUUGAAGAAUUUGCGACAGAAUGUGGCUGGGAUCACUUGUAUAUAUACGACGGCGAUAGCGUAGAGGCACCGCUACUUGGCGUAUUUACCGGAUUGAUGCACAAGGAUGAUUACCACAUCCGUCGGGUUCCGGAAGUAAUAGCACGAUCUGGCAGCGUCUUCCUACAUUUUUAUUCCGACGUAGCUUAUAAUAUGAGCGGAUUUAAUAUUACAUAUAAAACUAAUGCUUGUCCUAGCAGGUACUCGCAUAUAGAUUGCUCAGGAAAUGGUGUUUGUAUUGAGGGAGUUUGCACUUGUGAUGCAACUUGGACUGGCGAAGCCUGUGAUUCUCCAGUUUGUCCCAAUAAUUGCUCUCAGCAUCACAAUCAAGGCGAGUGUGAUCGUGAGAGACAUCAAUGUAUUUGUUUGCCAGGAUUUAAAGGUUCAGACUGUAGCCAAAGAGUGGAACGUGGUUACUGGGAAACGAUAUCAUACAAUGACUUUUCCCCAGAAGGCUCAGCAAGUCACUGUUCAGUGGUUUGGCGUGACUCAUUGUACGUAGUCGGCGGUGAAAGCUUUCAUAAAUCCAAGAUGAUAUACGUUUACGAUUUCAAUGGAAACGUUUGGGAGACACCCCACAUCGAGGGUAUGCGUCCAGCGCCGCGAUACGCGCACUCAUGUGUGUUAUUUGGUGAUAAAAUUUACAUGUACGGCGGGGUAAUUAAAAAUUCAACAGUAACAAACGAACUAUGGGCGUUCGACGUAUCCGCAAAAGUCUGGGAGAACGUAACAGUAAGGCACAAUUGCAACAACAAAACAAUGUGCGGUCCCCUGAAAGUCGCCGGCCAUACCGCCAAUCUGAUCCACAGUUACGACAAGAGCGAAAAAAUGGUGGUAAUUUUCGGACACUCGCCUCACUACGGCUAUCUCAACAUCGUCCAGGAGUACUCCUUCGGAACCCGCGAGUGGAAGAUCGUCGAGACCGUGGGGUUCCCUGUGAAAGGUGGCUACGGGCACAGCGCGGCUUAUGAUUCCCUCACCAACCUCAUCUACGUCUACGGAGGAUAUGUGUCCGAAUCUCAAAGCACGCAGAGCUUAACCAACCGGAUCUACUCCUACCACCCUAACCACCGAGUCUGGAGACUCUUGACUUCAGCUCCAUCUGCUAGAUUCUUCCACACGGGUGUCUUUAUAACCGGGGGACUGAUGAUCGUCUUCGGAGGCAACACUCACAACGACACGAUCCACUCCCACGGCGCUCUGUGCUACUCAGCUGAUACAAUCGCCUACGACGUGACCUGCGAUGCCUGGCACAACUUCCCAAUGCCUCCCGAGAUGUCUAAUCUCCCAAGGUACGGCCACUCAGCGACAGUCUUCGAAAAAUCAAUGUACAUAUACGGCGGAUUCGACGGCCAAAUGUUAUCAGACAUGUUAAAAUACACCCCCGGAAGCUGUUCUAAUUUAACACCUCAAACCCAGAACUCUUGUCUGAUCUCCAGGUCAGGAACCAAGUGCAUCUGGGACAAGCAGAGAAGCGGGUGUCUGCAUGUAGCUGAUGUUCCUCGUGACAUACUAAGAACAGAUGAUGUCCACGAUGGAAGAUACAUGCAGUGCAUGGACGACACUCAGCCCAGAGGAAUGACCUCACAUAAAGAACUCUGUAAAUUACUUACUGAUUGCACUGCCUGCGUCCAAACUUCUUACAACUGCGUGUGGUGCGGAAAGAGCUGUGUGUAUGAAAUGUGCAGACGCACUGCCAAUGCUCCACCUCUUGCGGGAAUUACCACUUUAGAAGAAUGCGACGCUCACACUGGAGUCGAGUGUCUUCAAUUGCACACUUGUCCAGCUUGCUAUAAUAAUAUAAACUGUCACUGGUCGUGGUCCAACGGUCCAGAUAGGUGCAAGCCUACCCCUAAAAUUCGUGACAUAAAUAUUAUGAAUGGGUCAAUCCAGGCUCAAGCUCAGCGCUUAUCUUUAGACACUUGCAGAAGUCCUUGUGUUGAGUACACUUCUUGUAGGAAUUGCACAGAGUCUGAUUGCAUCUGGUGCCAGAAUGAACACAAGUGUGUUGAUAAAAAUGCGUACCCGGCUAGCUUUCCCUAUGGACAGUGUAGAGAAUGGACUACUAGUGACUCGAGGUGUAGGGCUACGGAGACUGGUCGCGAGUGGUGCAGCUUUUAUUCCUCGUGCUUGAGCUGCAGGUCGGACCCCGGCUGUGGUUGGUGCGAUGAUGGCUCCAAUACUGGCAAGGGAAAGUGCAUCGCUGGAGGAGCCAGAGGGCCCAAGAUGGGAAGUUCUGAAGACACUUGUCCGGUUGAUAGAUGGUACUUCACCAAGUGUCCGAGCUGCCAGUGCAAUGGGCACAGUACGUGCUAUCCUAAUACCACUGAGUGCAUCAAGCCGUGUGGGAACUUAACUCGAGGGGCUCAUUGUGAUAAAUGUAUGACUGGGUACUAUGGCAGUCCUCUCAAUGGCGCUACUUGCCAGCCUUGUUCUUGUAAUGAUCAGGGGACUGAGUAUGACCUUGUUAUAGAUUACCAAUUUACAUUUAAUUUGAGUAAAAAGGAAGACCGGCACUAUCGAGCGAUAAAUUUUAAAAAUUCACCAUCUAAACCUGACGUGGACGCUGAAUUUUCCAUAACUUGCUCGGUACUUGCCAAGAUGAACAUAACAAUAAAAAAGGGCAAUAGUCCAGAAAAACCACUUCUUCUCGGUGCCAAUUGUACGACGUAUAAACAUCGUUUCAGUAAGGCUGACUAUAAUUUUGGAAAUGAAGAUAAUAAUACGCAAACGACAUUUUACGUUUACGUUUACGAUUUUCAACCACCACUAUGGAUCCAAAUAUCAUUUUCACAAUAUUCUAAAUUAAAUUUACAACAAUUUUUCAUCACAUUUUCUACAGCAGCAGUUCUGUCCCUGCUAGUCAGACUACCAACCGGCGGCGAGGCGUACACGCCGUCAGGGCAAAGUGCUGGAUUAGCUGUUGCGUCAGCUCUAGUCACACUGGGUAGUCCUCGAAGGCCUUCGCAAGAGUUAACAACAAAAGAGCCCAAAAAAACCCGUAAAUCUGCCAGUCAACAUCCCGAUUCAACUUGUAUUUAA